UUUUUUAGGAUGAGGCAGAAGGCUUCACGUGAGGCCAGCGCGAUCUGUGCUGAGUUGGCUGAAUUGUGUGUGUGUGAGUGUGAGUCAGAGAGAAGUGAAAUCACUACCACAGCAGUAAUCUCUGGUCGCGCACUUUCACAUCCCCCCGGUGCGAUCUGUCUCCUGGAGUUCUCUCAUCACUGGUCUGAACGUCCGGAUGGCGGCAAACCGUUGGACGUCUGUGUCUGUGUCUGUGUCUGUGUGUGUGUGUGUGUGUGUGUGUGCGCACGGGUGUGUGGUUGCUGCUGGAGCAAUCCAACCUCCUCCCCGCGCGUUGCUCAAUAGGGUGAGUGGAAUUGAAGAACCAGAGGAAGUUGCGACAUUCCAGUUAGCUCAGAGCCGACAGAGGAGCACCAGAGCACCGGAGGACGGCGUUCUUUACGGACUUUGCCGUGUCACAGCAGCAGCCGGGAGCCCGAAGGACUCUUCGUGAUUUGGGAACUGGCCCACAUGCUGUGGUUUUGAUAGCGGAGGCGGGCGCGUGCUGGUGUUCCCCGUAGUUCAGGUAUGUCUUCCAUGUUCUCCUGGGUUGCAGUGUCCCUUCUCACCGUGGUUUCCACGGCGACUGGCAUCCCUCAGGAUGGCGAGUGUAAGGACUAUGGGGUGGAUUUUGAGCGUGUGUUCACACGGCCGGGGGAGGCAGCCAUGAUGAACUGCUCUCUGGUCGACCCCCGAGUCUUCAACCUCACACACCCCUACAACAUCACAUGGUACCACCUGCGCACAGGUCUGGAGCGCAGCUCACACAUGGGCCAUACCAUUAUACAGGGGACAACGCUGUGGUUUUUCAACACCACUGAAGAGGAUAAAGGGGAAUUCAUGUGUGUUGUCAGGACUCUACAGGGCUGCUUUAAACAGAGAUAUGUGCUGGAUGUGGCGGCGGCGACAUGGCUUGAGAGGGGGUGUGUCCACAAGGAGAGGAGUCGCCAGUUUCUUGUCGCGCUGACCGAUGACGUCGUCUCCUGCCACUCCCCUGUCAUCGACUACCUGUCCUACCUAGACACCUACAGCAUCCACUGGUACAGGGGCUGUGAGGUUUUGCAGAUGGGUGGGAAGUUCUUGCUGAGGCGUGAUGGAUAUCUCCACGUCACAGAUGUUGUCCCUGGAGAUGCAGAUAACUACACCUGCCUCGUCAGCUUUCAGCUGGGUGGGGUCGAAGGUCGCAUGACGGAGACCAUCGAGACCACUGUCAGCGUGGAAGUCACUUACCAGCCUCAAAUCCUCUUACCUGAGGGAGAGAUCAGCAAAGUUGACCUGGGCUCGGCUGUCAGUAAGGUGUGUCGUGUGCUGGUGCCCGGUGUGGGUACACACAGAGUGCUGGUGAUCUGGAGGACCCCAUAUACAUACGUCUCCGACAAUACAACUCACCGCAUACACCAACUACCACAGAGAGAGCUGCCUGAUGAAGAUGGGGUGAUUGUGGAGGUAGAGCUGGUCUUGUCUGAGGUCAGAGAAGAGGACCUGAAUGUGAACUUCACCUGUGAGGCACACAAUGACCGCAAGAUCCCGAUGGCCAGCUUUAGACUGCAGUUAGAUUCAAACUUGCUGCUGCCGCUGGGUCUGGUGUUCGGGGGCGUGGCCUUGGCCUUCGUUCAGUGCGUGGUUCUUUACCGUCUCUUUAAGAUUGAGAUCGCCCUCACCUGCAGGGCUAUGAUGCCUUACCUCUACCGCAGCACAGAGGGUGAUGGAAAGUUGUAUGAUGCGUACGUGGUGUACCCGCGUGUGAUUGGUCAGUCGGGUAGUGCCGAGGAAACCUUCGCACUAAGCACCAUCCCCAAGAUGCUUGAGGGGCGCUAUGGUUACCGCCUCUUCAUCCUGGGCAGGGACUGUAUGCCUGGAGAAGCUCUUGUUGACGUGGUGUGUUCCUCUCUCGCCCUGAGUCGUCGUGUUCUGCUGAUGUACGGUGGGCGGAGUCUGUCCUGUGAAGGCGUGGCCGACUGGGGGGCGUGGCUGGAGCAGCAGUUGGCUCUGCAGCGCUCCCUAUUGGAGGACGAGGGGCUGGGCGUGGUCCUGAUCGACCUGGGGGGCGUGUCGGACUCAGCUCUGCCCCCCGCCAUGCGGCUGCUGAAGGAGGAACAGGGGGCGCUGUCCCCCGCCCCCACCCACGCCUGCUGCUCCUCCUCCUCCUCCUCAUCCUCCUCAUCCUCAUCCUCCACCCACGGCUGCUGCGGCACGGAGGAGGAGGAGGAGGAGGAAGAGGGGGAGGGGGACGGCGUGCUGCCCUUCAUCAACCCCCCCCCUCGCUUCUGGAGGGAACUACGCUACCACAUGCCAAUCAGAGGCAAAGCCAGGCCUCGUACACGCAAACACAAACACACGCACACACAAACGCACACACACACGGCUCCUGUCUAAGGCUCAGAAACACACACACACACUCACACACACACACACACACACAGCUCUUAUCUAAGGCUCAGAUGCCUCAGAAUGACAAUGAGAGCUGCUGGCCAGGUCUGUUUAAGAGAGUCUACACAUCAUUGGAAGAGUUUUAAUCAGGUCUGAAGAGCUCAAAUCAAGUCUGAAGAGUUUCAUUCAUGCAAAAGGCGCCUAAAGGGUUUGAAUCUCUCAGCUCUGAAAUGUAAAUUAUAUAAAUUCAUUUAUGUGAAGCUUGAAUGAUUCAGGCCUUUCAAACAAACACACACUCUCUCUCACACACACACACACACACACACACUCACACACACUCACACACACACGCAC